AUGAAGUCAAACGAAGAGCAACUGCCCAGCGUAGAUAAGAAAACAACAGGAAUUGAUAACACUAGACGGCCUGCUACAUCUGAUAGUGUCCCUUCGGGAGGCGACAGCAAAACAGGCCGUCGUGAUAAUUCCAAGAUACAUGAAAUGCUCGAUAGCUGUUCGCCCGAACACCCUGAUCGACAGGCUGCAGUCAAAUACAUCGUCGAAUAUAUGCUUGAUCACUAUUCAGAAAUUAUAGGGAAGGCGAUGGAGGAGGUACCGGUUUCCCAGGACGCAAACAAACUAAAAAACCCUAUUCCGCCUGAUCAUAUUGCCAACAAAUUGUUAGAUAAACUCACCAACGACGUUGAAGUAGCUAUUGCGUAUUACCGCGAGCUUCUCAAUAGAGCUCCACCAGACCAUUAUUAUCGCCCACAAUGUCUGGAGGGACUUUGCAGUGCACUAGUAUCCCGCUUUUCAGAGACUAGAGAAAUUGAAGACCUCGACGAAGCAAUUUUACGACAACGUGAAGAACUAGCAAUCCAUAUUUCUCGCGGGUCAAAUCGUUCAGUCAGUCUAAACAACCUCGCCAAUAUGUUUUCUAUGCGAUUUGAAGAAACAGACGAAAUGACAGACCUUGAUGAUGCAAUCAAAUAUCAUCGCGAAUCUCUUUCUCUGCGUUCUCCUGAUCAUCCUCAUCGUUACGUCGCUUUGCUAGGGCUGGGUGAUGUACUCAAAGAACGCUUCGACCUAGGAGGAACUAUUGACGAUUUGGAAGAGGCAAUACCGGCAUACCGCGAGCUGUUAAGCAUCUGGACCACUGGUCACCCCAACAACUCAAUGGCUCUGAACCGCCUUGCUAGUUGUCUUAUAGUUCGAUAUGAGCAACUUGGAGAUACGGAAGAUCUGAAGCAAUCUAUCGCCUACUUAUGCGAAUCGCUCAGAGUAUGUCCCGGUUACCAUCCAGAGCAUUCAAGAUGCUUUGACGCCCUUGCCACUGUGAUCUCGGUUCGGUAUAAUAGGUUUGGAGAAAUAAAAGAUUUGGAAGAAGCAAUGGUGCUCCAUAAAAAUGCCCUUGAUUUGUGCCCUCCAGGACACCCUCAACGAUCAAUGACCUUGAUCAAUUUUGCUAUUUCUCACAAAAAACGAUAUGAACGACUUGGAAAUAUGGAAGACUUGGAGCAGGCAAUUUCUUAUAAUCGUGAAGCGCUAACAUUGGUCCCCUUUCCCACCAAUGAACGUGGAAAGCUCUUGAACAAUCUCGCAAAUGCUCUCCAAGCUCGAUAUAUUACCCUAGGAUCCACCAAAGAUCUGGAAGAGUCCAUAAUUUACUUUUAUGAUGCCCUCAAUAUCUAUCCAGAAGGUGACCCAGAGCGUGCUUUGCCCCUGAAUAACAUUGCCAAUGCCAUUCAUAUCCGAUACGAGCUCUUUGGUGAACCACAGGACUUGGAAAAGUUAAUCAUGUACCGUCGCGAAGCUCUCUCGCUCUACCCUGAGCAUCACAUUGAGCGUGCAGGGGCUUUAAACCACCUUGCAAGUGCCAUAUUCCUUCGCUUUGCCUCCUUUGGCUCAAUGGAAGACCUAGAAGAGUGCAUUUCCAUCAAUCGAACAUCAAUGGAGCUAUCUCCAGCCGACGAUGAUCGAUGUGCCGCCUUGUGUAACAUCGUAAAUGCCCUUCAAACACGUUACGAGCAUUUAGGUACCGCUGAAGACUUGGAUGAAGCAAUCAGCUACAUUGAAGAUGGCCUUCGCUUCGAGUCCCGAGGAAACCUCCAUCUUUCAGUGUUAUUGAACACGUUUGGAAUGGUUCUUCAACACCGCUAUCGUCUGGUCCAUAACGUUGACGAUUUGGAGUAUGCAAUCAUCUUGUAUCGCAAAGUUCUUGAGCUUCAACCGCCCGGUCAUCCCUUGCGAUUCACAUCGUUGAACAAUAUUUCCAUAUCGCUUCAAGGCCGAUAUAUACGUUUCGGUUCUCCCGAAGACCUCGAGGAAGCAAUCCAAUUCCUGCGCGAAUCCAUGGCGUGUCUGACAAAAAGUCACACUCGAUACCCGUUUAUUAUUAACAACCUUUCCGAAGCCCUUGCAAGGUCAUCGGAGAAGGAGAAUAUGGACGAAGCGGUCGACCUUGGCCGUCAAGCUCUCCUCAUGCUGUCGGGUGGUCAUCCUGGUCGGUCGAGGGCUCUGUUAAACCUUGGGGAUACACUUUUAUCACGCUUCAAUCUAUUGAACAAUAUGGAGGAUCAUGAUGAGGCCUUCACAUUGUAUGAACAAGCUGCAGGUACUGUUACCUCCCCUUCGUUUCAUUGUCUCUUCGCCGCCGUCCGCUGGAUGUAUCGGGGGAACAAGUAUCAACACGAAUCCGUAAUUAGGGCAUGCAAAGCGUCGUUGCAGCUGCUUCAUCGCUCUUCCAUGUUCCAAGGAAACGUUGAGUCGCAGCAUAGGUUCAUGAUUGUAGCCAAUACCAGACUUCCACUGUCAAUGAUAUCCGACGCAGCGUCUUUUGCCAUCAACACAGGAAAUCUAGAGCUAGCGGUCGAGUUCCUUGAGCAAGGCAGAGCAAUAUUGUGGUCCAGGGUAAAUAACUACAAGACCACACUCGAGGAGCUCCGGAACAUUGCAGGCGGAAUUGAACUGGCCGAUCGUCUGGAGUCAAUUAAUUCACAGCUUAAUGGGAUUGUUUUCGAAUCAAAAGGUGGAAUGAUAGGAAAACAAGACAUAUCUUUCUGGAAUAUCUUUGACGCGCAGAUGAAAAACCAUCGCUUACUUUCAGAGCAAAGGGAAGAAAUAAUAGGAAAAAUUCGCAAGCUUCGCGGAUUUGAAAACUUUCUACAGGCUCUGCCGUUUAAAACUCUUCAGCUAGCUGCUGCUGAAGGGCCUGUCAUAGUCAUCAAUGUGGGCGCCUUUCGUUGUGACGCAAUCAUCGUGCUUAACGAUGGCUCUCCUAUUCUCAUUCCCCUGCCGUUACUGGAUGAAAUUGAAGAACUUACUGAACAGCUUAAUCGACACCGCUUUUCUCGCCAGAUCGUUUCAGUCUUGCGUAAUUUGUGGGACUUGAUCGUAUGCCCCGUAGUCGAACGGUUGACCAAGCUCGGAGUCCCACACAAGUCACGAAUCUGGUGGUGUCCUACAUCUGACCUGUGUACAUUACCCAUUCACGCGGCAGGUCCGUACAGGCCUGGGGAAAAGAAUUUACCGGACAUUUACCUAUCCUCCUACACCUCCACAUUAACAUCACUGAUCCGAGCAAGGGAAAACAUAGCAAAAUCGUACGAGGCUCCAAAGUUGCUGGUCGUCGGUCAGCUUGGGCCAGACCUCCAAAGCGUCCAGGACGAGGUAGACGCGAUAAAGGAGUACAAAAAUGACACCAGCGUAUUAAUGGGCCCAGAGGCAACUCCCGACACCGUUCUCGAUGGUCUAAAAGCGCAUUCAUGGGCCCAUCUUGCUUGCCACGGCCGUCUAGCCAAAGAUAACCAACUAUUCCGCACGCAUUUCGAGCUUUCUGGAGGAGAACUGACACUCCUCGACUUGAUCCGUGCCAAGAUCCCCAAUGCCGAGUUCGCAUUUCUAUCCGCAUGCCACAGCGCAUCAGGAGGUGUACUCACUCCCGACGAGAGCAUCCAUUUAUCGGCGGCAAUGCAGUUCUGUGGAUUCCGCAGUGUGGUUGGGACGCUGUGGGAGAUGGCCGAUGAGGAUGGACCGACCAUUGCGAAGGAGUUUUACAACUAUAUGUUCCGCAAUGAGACAGAGAUCAACUUCAGAGACUCGGCAGCGGCGCUGUAUUCUGCCAUUAGGGUAAUGAGAAAGAACAAGGCGUCCCCGGAACGCUGGGUUAUGUUUGUACAUACCGGUGCUUGA